AUGGUAUCGCGAAAGCGUGCUCACUCCGAGAUGGAGGCAGAGCCGGUCAAAAAGGCGGAGGACCAGAGCUUGUUACAAAAGAUUCGAAACUGCUGGGAGUUUUCCUCUCUCAUGCAGUAUAUCUUCAUCUUUGGGAAGGUCAUGAAGAUUGAUGAAGACUUUGGUAUCGAGGACUUGGAAAUGGAAUGCCUCAAACCAGAAGCGUCAGACAAGCUUAUGGAUAUCGGACUAUCGCUACUCAAAUUCGUCUCGUCGCAUCGGGGACUAUCGUUCGAAAAUUUCGACGAAUACACGCGUCGGCAGUACAAUGCGAAAGCCCCCCACCUCGUGAAUCCCUUUGGUUACGAUGAAGAGCCGAACAAGUUUAGGGAUUUUGACGUCUUUUUGAAAUUGCAAGUGCUACACAGACUAUCGCAAUGGACAUUGUGGAAUCCGGAUCGCAUUCGCGAAAAGAUGCCCGAGCAGAAGGAAACAGAACAGACGCAAUGGAGAGUCGAGGAAUUUGGCUGGGAUAGCGACGACCGGAGUUACUAUGUUCUAGAUGACAACCGUUUGUAUCGCCGCAGUGAUCCCCCCAUCCCCGCCGCCGCCCCUGCGAGACCGAAAGCGAAUUCCAAGAAAGCCAAGGCUGCCGCGAGAUCCUCUAAGCGAAGGAGAGUCUCCACCCGCUCUGAGGCAGAUAAUGAAGAGGAGACAGAAAACGGCCAGGAUGCUAGCGAAGACCCCUCCGGCGGGUUUAAAUGGGAAUGCAUUGCGGUCUCCCUUCCGGAAUAUCAGGAAUUUAUCGAGUCGUUUCGCAAGACGAGAGACCCGAACGAGAAAUCGCUGAGAGAUCGACUCAUUGAAGGUGUUUUACCAAUUCUCGAAAAGGCACAAGAGGCGGAAGAGCGCAAACGCCAGAAACGAGACAAGGAGCUUUUCAAUCUACAACUUAUAGCCGGGGCCAAACGAUCUAGUCGUCUACAAGAGAAGCAUGACAAAGAGCGACGAGACAAAGAAGCUGAGGAGGCCGUUCGCAAGCACGAGCUAGAACUUGCUGCUGCCAGGAAGGAUCAAGAAAACCAACGCAAGAUGGAGGACGAGAGGCAGAACCGGAUUAUGACGCGUGAGCGCCGAAUCAAGGACCGGGAAACAAAGCGUAUUCUACAGGAAGAGGAAAUGAACCGGCUUGAAGAAGAACAGAAGAAGCUCGAGUCUGGCGAAGGACGAGUUUCAGAGAGGCACCUCAAGGCUGAAAUGGACAAGCGCAAGAAAGAGUUGGAGGAGCUUGCAGAAGAGGACCAAUGGAUCUUUGACUGCGCUGGCUGUGGUGUUCAUGGAGAAAAUAUUGAUGAUGGUUCUCACAGCGUUGCUUGCGACCGCUGCAACGUCUGGCAGCACAGCAAAUGUCUCGGAAUUUCGCAGGAGGAAGCCGAGAAAGACGAUUUCCAUUUGGUAUGCAAUGACUGCAAGCGCCGUGAAGAAGAGGCCAAGCGGCCCAAGAUACCUCCGCUCAAGUUCCGUAUCGGAUCUGCAUCGCCAGCAACAGCUAAAGCUCCUGCAAAGAAAGAAGAGCAGAGUCCUUUGGUCCCAAAGACUUCACAGCCACUGUCUACUGCGGCUACAAACAUCCCCCAGCCGGCGCUGCUACCACAUCGUGCCCAAUCCAAUGGCGCUCAUCCUCCGUCGCCAGAACGCCGUUCCCAACCGAGUUCCAACGGCCAGCACCUAUCAUUUGACACUUUUGCAGCGCCUGCAUCGCCGUCCAAAGUACCAACAGCAUCCCCAUCCAAGGCAUCAAUUGGACCGGCAUCAUCCCCGUUGGGUCUUCCACCGCAGCCAGCGUUUAACCAACACUACCCCCAACAGCCAGUCCAAAGAUCGUCUUCCGCAUUGCAAGACAUUCUUUCCGGCAACCCCUUAUCGUCACACCGCCCAUCUUCCUCCCAUUCGAUGCAAAGCCAGGCGCAUCCAUCGCCGAUCCAGAAUCGUCCGUCCAUGUCACCGACCCAGGGCAAUCGUGACGUCGGCCCUCUGGCUGGAUUUCCUCACUCUACGCCAGCAAACGGAUCACUGCCGUCGACACCGUUUGGCCAGCACAUGGCGGCUCGGCCACAGGUGCCUCUUUCGUCUAGCUUCGACCGACGCACGUCGUUUUCUGAUUCGUUUUCGUAUGCAACUCCUCCGCCGCCCGGACCUCAGAGUAAUCUGACGCUGUCGGGUCUCAGUCCGACCAAGAACUCGAAUUCACCGCGGCCUGUCACUGCAGGUAGCGGCGUCGGAAGCGCUGCUAUACUGCCGCCAAUUCACCGACUAGAGCCAAGCCCUAAACUAAUGGGACGCAGCUCCGCGGACGCUCCCAUCCCACCGCCAGUGAAAAUGAUGACACCCGAGCAGGAGGAACGGCGCCAGCGCGAAAACCAGGCUGCCGCCGCCGCUGCAGCAGCAGCAGGGUUGGAUCCUGGCUCUCGGGCUUCGUUGCCUUCGCUGGCGUCGUGGCCGGAUGUACAACAGCGGCAGUGA